GGAACAUGAGUUAUAGAGAUUCUGUAAGUAUUUUUUUGACGGCUUUUCAUUUAAGAUGAUAGUUAAGAUUGGGUACAAUAAAAAGUUCUAUAAAGUUUCUAUUUAUAAAACGUAUGUUUUAGAAUAUUUAUUUAAUUUAAUAUUAGCAAAACUGGCCCUGACCAAUUUCUAUUUUUAUAACGCGUCUUCAAGGCCAGGUAUCCUCCUACCUACACGUCCGUUUCAGUAACGUCGUUCCGUUAUUUUUAUUGUAAAUUAAUUGAAAAAAUUCAGGGAAGUACCCUGCUUUUAAAUACAAAACCUAAUGUACUUAUUAAAACUGCAUAGUAUUUUAAAUUAUGAUUUUAUGUAGAGCAAAAUUCAAUGAUAUGGAAUAUUGCUUUACUGCAUGUAAUUAAAUAUAAAUUAUUGUUUUAUACAAAAAAGAUUGGUAUUUUGUCUAAAAAGUAACUAAAGACUUCAUAGCUUUCAUUUCUUAGAGAUGGUGUGUCUUAACAUAAAUAAUGAUUACGGCUGACUCAUUCUGCUUUUGUGCUGUAAGUAAUUGCUGUUUUACAACAUUGUCAUAUUCUGAUGUAUAAAUAUUUUAAAUAAAUAUAAAUAAUAAUGUGGUACACAGAUUUGACCAUGGGUGUUAGUACAAUCUGAUGAUUGUUUAGGGAUAAAUGUCAUGUCACAUUAUGAAUACAAGGCAUCAAUUUGUUAAAUGUUCAUGUUUUGUUGUAAUUAUAUUCGGAAAAGAAGAGGCUAAGUGUAAUAAUUAUGAAAAUAAAUCAACAUUAUUGUAGAUAUCUCAAAAAUUAUAUUGAGUUAAUUAAAAAGGAAAGUGUAUAAUUAUAAAAUUAAUAAGCUAGUAUUUAGCUUUCUGCCCAUGUAAUAAGUGUUUAUUAUCUACAGUACUCACUAUUUCCGAGAUCUCAUUCAUACUGUGCAGCUAAUGAGCAACGUGUAGGAUCCUACCUAAGGACUUUAAUGGUAUUUAUUAUGAGGAUUAUUUGACUGCACUUUAUGGUUAUACCUGUUUUUUGCACGAACACAGGGGGAAUUUUAUUUCAAACCCAAAUGAGCAGGUACUUAGUAACAGUAGCAAAUAAGUGGUCUUUGUUUAUUUUAUGUACUUGUCUCUAAAUUUGGAUGUUCCUAAUAUACAGCAAGUUCUCUAAUUAUUUAUUUCAUAUGUUAACUCUCACUACCAAAUGUGAUAAUUAAACUCGAUAGUGUCAUGUGCAAUUUCAAGAAAAUGCUUGUCGGAGUGGGUGGAAAGAUUAUUAGGAUUACAAAAUAUAAUAUUUGAAAAUUUUAUAUUUUGUAUUAUUUUCAUGAAAUCAGUACCCAGUACAUAAUAAUCAACCAAGUGCUUAGAUAAUUCACAGUCAUUGCAUUUUUCUGUCUUUAUUGUGCUGCUGUUAUCAUAAUACUAACAUUAGCAUGUUGUUUGAGCACUAAUCAGAUGUUGAUAUCAGAAUAUAAUGUUUUAUGUCACUCAUUAUUGUGAGAGGCACCAGUGUUCUUUGGCUUGGGUGUAGUUUUUGUGUUAAAAGAGGGAUGGGCCAGUCUUUAUCUAGUUGUUUGAGUAGUGAAUCUCGUGUGCAGAGUUUCCGUUCAUCGACGUCGUCGGUGUUGAGUUCCUUGUCGGCGUUCCGGGCGCGGCCAUUUGCCGACAUUAGCUACAGUCCUACGCCUGACGUGAAUGAGGUCUACCCGGGCCUGUAUGUCGGUGAUGCCGUUGCGGCGAAAGAUAAGGCUUUUCUUCGUCGUAUGGGCAUCAACUAUGUGCUCAACACGGCAGAGGGUAGUCGCUACACCCAGGUGGACACUAGCCACCUGUACUACCGCGACUGUCCUGGCCUCCGCUACAAAGGCUUCCAGCUAAUGGACCUCCCCACAACAGAUAUAUCGAAGUACUUCCACAUCGCUGCUAACUUCAUUGAUGAGGGUGUCUCCAGUGGUGGUCGCGUACUCGUCCACUGUUUGAUGGGUGUGUCCCGAUCGGCUACUUGCGCCCUGGCUUUUCUUAUGAUUAAGCGAGGUAUGUCUCUGACUGAGGCGUUGUCGACGGUGCGCUGCCGUCGCGACAUCCACCCCAAUGAAGGCUUUCUGCGUCAACUUCAACAGCUGGACCGUGAAUUGCGCGUAAGCCGCAUCCGCUGACCUUACACCCCCUUGCAGCCACGCUUCAGCCUCUCUUUCGACCUCAAAUACGGACGCAGCAGAGUGCGUAGUCUAGACCGUUCCUACACCAGUCGCUACUGAACUAAAAACACGCCUUGGAAGAACUGAAGCGAGCGCUUAAAGAUAAAUCCAAAGAUUUUGAUGAUUUUUACUCGCGAAAUAACUACAUUAUUAGGACAAUAUUUUACUUCAUGAUUAUUGUCCAGAUUAAAUUUAAAUCUAAGUGCAUAGAAUGUUUAUAGAGCCAUAUGAUAUUUUGAUGAUAAUUAUUUACACUUAUGUGAUUGAUGAUGUGUUAUUUUUCUAUAGAGUAACUUUAAAAAAAAUAGAAUAAAAUGGCAAAAUGAUAUUUUCAAAUAACAAAUAAUUUUAUAACUGGUAUGAAGCACAAGGAACAUUCAUUAUUGUAUGUGUAUAAUCUCAUGUGCCAUUGAUUUUAUAUAGAAGAUGGAAGGAGAAUACAGAAUUAUAAUACAUAUAUACCUAGUCAGGUCAUAAAUUUUGUCACAUGUUUAAUAUAAAAUAAUUAAAACAAGUUUAUUCAUUAUGUAACCAUUUAUAUACCAAAAUAAACUUAACAAAACAUAGAUUCUUAUGACCAUAAAGUUUAUUCAAAAUGACCUCCGUGAUUUUGAAUACAGGCCUUCAAUCUGCGCGGCCAGUCGUCUAU